AUGGCGAGCGUCAAAGGCGUGGCCUUUGGGAUCAGGUCGCCUUCCGUCCUGGGAUCUGUCCAGAGGUCCCCACUCGCGUAUGAUGUGGCAAAAGAUUUAUACAGUGCUCUAAAUCAGUUUUUCCAGUUGUUUCCUGAAUACCGACAGAAUGACUUUUACAUUGCCGGGGAGUCGUAUGCAGGGAAGUAUGUGCCGGCCAUCGCGUACUACAUCCACACUCUCAACCCCGUGAGGGUGUCCAAGUUCAACCUGAAGGGAAUCGCUCUUGGAGAUGCAUAUUGUGAUCCUGAAUCAAUUAUAGGUGGCUAUGCAGCAUUCCUGUACCAAAUCGGCAUACUGGAUGAGAAGCAGAGAAAGCACUUCCAGAAGGAGUGUGAUGAGUGCAUAAUACACAUCAAGAAGGGGAACUGGCUGCAGGCCUUUGAAAUACUGGAUAAGCUACUCGAUGGCGACUUAACCAACGAGGCUUCCUACUUCCAGAACGUUACAGGAUGUGUUAAUUACUACAACUUUUUACAGUGCACGGAACCUGAGGAACUAAAUUACUAUGCAAAGUUUUUGUCGCUCCGGAAGUGAAACAAGCCAUCCACGUGGGAAACCACACUUUCAACGACGGAGAGGAAGUGGAGAAGUACUUGCGCGAGGACACAGUCAAGUCCGUGAAGCCGUGGCUAAGUGAGAUCAUGGAUAAUUACAAGGUAAGAGAGCUCCUUCAGUGAGGAUCUAUUUCAGGAGCUUCGCAGAUGACCCCCUGCA